UGUGAUAAAAUUAAUGAUAUUCGACAUAAGGAAUUAGAUUAAACUGAGAAGAUGACGACAUAUGACGAACUCUUCGAUGCAGAAAAAGAUAACUCUACACCAGACAUUAACCUCUUCAACUUUGAGGAUCCUAAAUUUGAGGACAGCAAAUAUGUCCUUACCAGUCCAAGGUCACUGGAGGCUUGUGCAAGAGUGGGCGUGAAGCCAGUUAAUCUGUUGUACAAGCCAUUAUCAGAUUUCCAAGAAGAGCUUCUACCUCAGGACGUCCCUCUGAGAACGAUAUAUAAUAUCUACGAUGAACACGAACAAGACAGACAGCGAAAAUUGAGAUUGUGCAGGAGUGAGAGAAACAAGAUAGAAAUAGUUCCACAGACAAAGAAGACUCCAAGAAAACCUCGCGGGAAAUCUUCUAUAGGAAGGUCUCAGUCUGCCCGCUCACCAGCUGCUCGAAGUCGACUCACUAGGACUCUAUCAGAUGAAGGACUGAAUAAAAGUAAAGGCAGUCUACAGAGAAACAGAACAGCAUGGGCCACAUCAGUGGGUCAUAAACGGGUCACCCCUAGUGAACUCAAUCAGAGAAUGACAGACCUUCAUGAAGAGAGCAUGAAACUAAGGAAUGAACUCUUGUCCAGGAAAGAGAGGCCAGGAUCUGCACGGGCUUCAAAAAAGUCUUCAAUAAAGAGAAGCAAGAGUGCUUCUAGUCUCUCCCUGUCUGGGACCUCACUGCUAAACAAGAGUACUAUACGAGAGGCCAGGCCAAUAGAAAAUACAAAACUCAGGAAAACCCUCAGCCAAUCACAGGAUCUGUCCAAUAUCACUGCCACACCUAGGGACCAGAGAAUUUUAGAAUUAAUGAUGAUGAAAGGCGAGGGUGAGAUUUCAGCCAACCGUGACCGCUUCAUAGCUGACCUGGCAUGGGAAGAACAGCAUAAACUCGAGGAAGAGGUCAAGGUCAGAACUGAAAUGAAAAGGAGGCAGCUACUGGCAGAAGAGAAUAGAAUUAGAGAUAUGAAGAAGAAACAGAAAGACAGAAGAAGAAAGAAAGAGGAGGAAAAAUGGAAAGAAAGUGUAAAUAGAGAAAUACAAAACAGUUAUAAGGACUGGGAGAGGAGGUCCCAGACCCAACUAAGGAUGAGGGACCUACAAAUGUCAGACAGGAAAGAAAAAGAGGACCUUAAAAAGAGACUGCAAGAAACCAAUAAGUCAUUCCUGACGAGAGAUGAAGAAGAAAUGAAGGAAUUGAUUCGUAUGAAGAGUGAGAGUGAUUUAAAGUCUGCUUCCCAGAAAAAGGAGAACAGACUUCUACAGGAAACCAUGCGUAAGCUUCUGGAAGACAGGAGUAAGAGAGAUGCCUUUGAACAGCGACAAAGAGAGCUAGAAAAACUCACAGAAAAAGAAGAGCAGAGUCUGAAAUCUAGCAUCAACAGAAAACACAGACAUGCCUCCUUGAAUCAUCAGCAGGCCAUAGAAAGGAGGGAUAAGGAGUUAAAUCUCAGCAGGAUGGAGAGAGAAAGGAAAUCAUUACAUGCCAAACUAGCUCAGCAAAAACUGGAAGAUGAAAUGGAUGAAUGGCGUUCUUCUAUCACAGACCACAGAAAAAUGGCAGAGGAGCAUGCCUCGGAAAUAGUGGCCAGAAAAAUGGACAUAAAAGCAAAACAGGCUCAUGAAACCCGCACGGAGAAAGAACAACAGCAAAAAGAAAAACUCAAACUAUUGGAGAAAGAAGACCGACUAAGAAGAAGGGAGGUGGAGGAUGAGAUUUCGAUCAAAGAACAGCGAGCCCGCAGUGUGGAAUUAGACAAAAGUAUCACCAUACAAAAGUCCAGAGAAGUUGCUCACCAAUCCCAGAUUCUGAGGAACAGCUUGAGAGAGAAAUAUGGUGGUGAGAGUUUUGACAAAAAAGUUCAGAAAGUUAACCUCUAUAGCAAGCUAAAGCUUGGCCAGUAUGUACCACAAAGGAAAGUCUGAUAAAAGCUGCCAGGAACUCAAUUUGACCUACUAAAGGAAGUUUGAGUAAAGCUGGGUCAGUUUAUAACACAAAGGAAAGUUUAGUGUAUGAUAUGCUGUGCUAUUGAAACAAAAAAAUCUGUGAUGAAUCUUGUUUUUAGUCCAAGUUAUGUGAUACAUUUAUACAUGUACACUCUUCAUUCCUAAAAUACAUAAUGACUGUGUUUUUGAGACAGCAGAGCCAAAAACCUUUUUAAGAGAUAAAUGUUUAUAUAAUGUUGUCUGAUUUACCAAUAGUAUAAUGGUUAUGAAAUGAAAAUUUAGAACCAGUAUAGUAUAGCUUUCUGCUCAGCUAAACUAACACAGGUCUCUAUAAUUAGAAUUAAGCCAUUUUUUGAAGCAUUUAACAUCCGCAUCAAUGAUGCAACAUUAUUUAUUCAGAGCUUUUAACCCUUACGAUUUGGGAAUAAGACUUACAGUUUUAGCAUCUAAAAUACACCUUAGGAUUUCUGAAUUUAUUCAUUCAAUUUCCAUUUUUCUCUUUCAGAAGUUUAAUAUAACCAGAAUUUUCAAAGCUGCCAACCUUCGUAAUAAGUCACAGUCCUUAAAGUGCUUGCCUGUAUCGUCUUUUUUCUUUUCUAUGCUAACUUAUUCUCUAAGUUAUCUUUAUGUAAACAAAAUGGAAAAAUUCUAGUGCGGGGAUGUCCUUACAAUUUUUCAUUUUAUGAUGUUGGCAGCUCUGUUUAUUCAUAAAGAACUUUUUUUAGUUUGAUGGUUGGGAAGGAUGAAAGGUGUCUCUUUUUUUUUGCACUGUAGAGUGAAAGUUGUAAAUUAUAGGAAGAGUAGUGUAUGUUAGAGAGAGUAAAAAUGUUAAAGUGAGUAUUUUGUACAAGUACUGGUAGUUACUGAAUUGUUUUAAUAAAUCUGUGUUACAAUAAAAUGUGCAUUCAUAGAUAAUGUUUGCAAAUGUUAUAUCUUAGUUAAUUUAAAAAGUCAAAUAUUUAAGAGGUAAAUAUUCAGCUUUCUCAUGGAUUUUGUAAAAUAUUAACAUGAAGAGAAAACAUGUAUACAUUUCUUUGAAAGAGGCUAGAUUUUUAGAAGCUUCACAUCCAGCUGCAUAAUCAUUUUAAUGGUGUGAAACAUCGGAUAAAUUUUUUAAAGAUUUUCUUAAAGAAAUAUUGGGUCCUACCAUAUGUUCAUUGUUUAGAUUAUGAUUGA